CGGGCGGGGCGCGAGGCCCGAGGAAGGAGUCGAUCGAUCGCGUCGCCAUCGCCGCGCGAACGGAGAAUAAAUACCCUCGCUCGACGCGACGCGACGCGACGAGUCGAAUCGUAUCGCGGCGACGACGCGCCGCCGAAAGCGCGGCGCGCGCGACGCGCUCGAUUCGAACCGCGCGACGAGACCGCGAGAGGUCGAUCGCGAGGUCGUUCUUCGCGAAAACCGAAGACGCUCACGAGCGCUCGAGGACGCCCACCUCGCGCGUGACCGGCGAGCGCUCGCGCGCGGGGCUGCGCCUUCUCGGCGGCGACGGCGACGCGGGGCGACGAUCGUCCGAAUCGCGCGACGGCGACCGCGCCGCGCGCUCCGUCGCCGCCGCGAUCGUCGCGACCUUCUCGUGCUCGUCCAGCGCGUCCUCCUCCAUCCCGGCGUCGUCCACCUGCUCGUUGAGGUCGAUCAUCUCGUCGUCGCUCAUGACGGCCGUCGUGCGCGCGCGUCUCCGGCGCGGCGUGCAGUAGUGCGGCAUUCACCGCGAGCGGCGGCGAAACGCGCGACAACCAGUGCUGACACGCGUAUUUCACCCAUCCCUCGGUUUCAACAUUUGAUCGCGACCCCUUUCAACUGACCGGUGAAUGGAAUGGCCCUCAAGCGUGAGUGCACUGGCGGUAAGCCUGCGCGUGCACGUCGUCGACACGUGUCGUGUCGACGCGACUCGGCCUCGCGUCGCGUCAGUCCUCCUCGACGCGCCGCGACGCGCGCGGACGCGCGGGCGAGGCGGCCGCCGCCCCGUGCCUCCGCCGAGAGCCGACCGCGUCCGUCCGAGGUCGCCAUGGUCGUCCUCGGAGGCAUGCGUCUGCGGCUCCUCGACAGCGACGACGACGACGACGACGACGUCGCCGCCCCGUCCACGCCCGAAAACCCGCGGAAACCCUCGGACGCGCUCCCCGCGGAGGCGUUCCUCGCCACGAAGCGCGCGUGGCUCGACAUGUACAACAACCGCGUGACCGUCCCCGCGAACUGCCGCGAUCCGAAGACGUCGCGUCGCUUGGCGCUCAUCCAGCGCCUCCUCCCGGACGAACUCGUCGUCGAGAUCUUCGCGCGCGCGGACCCGCGGUCUGUCUCGCGCGCCGCGUGCGCGUGCCGACCGUGGCGCGUCCUCGCGCGCAGCGAGAUCGUGUGGCGCGCGGCUUGCCACCGCGCGUGGGCGCCGCGCGAAUCGCGCGACGUCACGGCGAGGAUCGCGCGCGAGCGCCAUCGCGGGUCGUUCCGCCGAAUGUUCUUCGACCGCGCGCGCGUGCGCACGGAGGGACUGUACGUCUCCCGGAACACGUACGUCAAGCCCGGGUUCACGGACUUGGAGCACGGCGUGAAGGGCGCGCCCGUGCACCUCGUGACGUACUACCGGUAUAUCCGCUUCUUCGGGAACGGCGAGUUCAUCGCGAAGACGAGCCCAACGAAGGUGGGCGUCGCGCACAAGCAGAUGCGGGAGAAGAAAACGGCGCUCGGAGACGACACCGUCGUGCACGGGUUCUACUCGCUCCCGUGUGACGGCGACGAGUCGCGGCUGCACCUCGCGAGCGCGCCGAGGAUACGCGCGGACUCGACGUUCACGACGACGCACUACUGGCUCAGGCUUCGAGGGACGCACCCGGGGGCGAGCAACCGGCUGGAUUUCGUCAAGCUCGCGUCGGGCGCGUUCCUUCUCAUCACGCCGGUCCCCGUACGACCCCUGGACGACGACGAGGACGCGCCCGCGCCGACGGAGGAGGCGUGGCGAGAGGUGGACGAUCCGUCGCUGGCGUACCGACGCAGCUGCGGGUACGACGCGCGCGCGUACGACGGCACCGCCGCGGUCAGGGAGCUGAGCCGCGGGCUGAACACGCUUGUGUUCGUCCCGUGGGAGGACGCGGUCGAUCACGUGCUGAACCUCGGGACGAGAGAGAUGGACUUUUACGUCACCGGGUGACGACGACGACGGGAGCGUUUCGUACGAAAAGGUAGUCUCGUCGUUGUGACAACACUGUGCACUACUAGAGAAGAAGAUUCUUUG